UCGUCGCAAAAAGAUUUCUAUCGUGCAUUGGCUCAUGCUAAGCACAAAAGGACGGAAAUUUCAAAUUCCUUUCAAACCGAAACUCCAUACAAGCAGAUUUCAAUGUUGCGUAAAUACCGUGUCGGUGAGCUUCCAGACAUAGAAAUUAAAUAUUCGGACAUAAUUGGUCCGCUACAGGCACUGGCACAGCGCGACCUGGAAAUAUCUCGCAUGUUGUUCACCUCAAUUUUUGUUUCAAUCUAUAAUCAUGUUGAUGAUCAUGUUGAUAUGGAACCCACUGUGCAAGAAGAGUACAAGAAUUCGAUUGCUCAAUAUAUCCAAUCCAUUUUCAUCAACUCAACAACAUAUUUCCCACCUUUGAUAAACAGUUGUUUGAGGAUUUGUUUUGAAGCUGUCGACAUAAAAGUGGAUCCAACUGUCAUAAGAAAGGCUAGUGAAAUAAGUUCAACCGAAUCAUUAGGGAUUAGUUUGAUCGAGCGGCAAUUACUGCGCUUCAUUUCACCAAGAGGAUCAAAAAGGGUUCGUGCUACUGAUUCCGGAACUGCCGCUGAAAGUAUGCUUCCUUGGGUAGAGUUGGCAUACCUUUAUAAAUCGAUCGAUGGAAACGACGUCUAUAAAAGCAUUUACGAGUGUCACAUUGCUCAUAGUCAAGUGACCAAGGAUGCUCUCAAUGCUGAGCUUAUAGGUGAUUAUGCUUCAGCGUGUCAGCUUUAUUUGGAUGCCCUUGGCCAUGAGGACGUGGACGUCGACAAUAACGAGAUCCGAGUGUGGGAGGAAGGUAGAUUCGAAUGUUUUAUCAAGCUUUCGCAAUGGGAAAGCCUGGCUGACACUGUGUUGGUUGAUAUCGAUAAAAGUUUUGAUAAACUCUGGGAAGAUGAAUAUCAGGAUCCAUACCUUCAAUACUUCAUGCACAGCAUGUUUAAGUUAGCCCAUGGCACUGACGAUCACGACUUUCAUCGUCAAAUGUUUUUGGAUUUCAUCGAAAAUGCUAUGACCGAUCCGGAUCGUAAGACACUUCUAACUUCUCAGUACCCAAUGGAAUUGGCGUUGACGUCGAUUGCUCGAAACGAAUUUGCGCAGGCGCGAUCAUACGUACAAAAGGCAUAUGAUAGUUUUUUGUUCAACUGGUCGACUCUGCAUCCUUUGGCAUUAGGCAUCAGAUUAGACAAGUUGAGUUCGUUGCAGCAGAUUGUCGAAAUGGAAGAGUACAUAAAUCUCGUGCAAUCCUCGAAUAGGUCAGAAAAUUGGGAGAAAUUAGUCGCUCAUUGGAUUAAAAGAUAUCCCUCAAAGCAACUUGAUCCUACCAAUACUUGGGAUGACAUAAUAACAU